AUGGUGAACCAGCGAUCGAAAGUAACACCAGUAUUGGUAACGCCGCUAUUGUUGCAAUUUGUUCCGUGCCGGCUCCAAGCAAAUAAAAUAAUUAUGUUUAGCAGUUCGUCAGAAUCGGAGGAUUCAGAUUUAGAAACAUCUAGAAGAAAUGUUCAAUCAACCAUUUGGAUUGGUAACGAGGACGGCGAGAUAUUUAUGUUCAAUUUCUUGGACAAUGCGCGUUUGAAAGCAUGCGAAAGGUUGCUGCGGCUCUCCAUGCCAGUGGAUGAUAUUGCUUAUUUGGAUGAAAAAGUUUUUGUUUCAAUCUCAUCGAGUUCACACAUUCAACUUUUGUAUUUUCUCAGGAAUAAAGAAGGCGUAUGGGAUUUGGACAACCCAAAAACAGUAUGUCUAGAUUUUCGAACGCGUUUGAGGCCCAUGACCGCCGCUGUAUCUCGACUCUGUUUCGCAUCUGGCAAUUCCCUUUAUCUUUUCAAUGCAUACAGUUUGCAAAUUGAGAAACAAUCGAUGCUGAGUUCGAAUACUGCGGAAAUGGUGGCGUGCUUGGCCGUCAUUGGUUCCACUAUUUUUGUGGCCAUGGCUAAAUCAUCUACUAUCAAAGUAAUCAAUGCAUUCACGCUGGAAUGCCUGUUGGAAUUUAACAUUUCGCAUAUCGUCAGCAAGGCGCUGUCCAGCCGGGAAGAAAUUAUCCGGAAGCACAAAAUGGGCUGCUUGAGAAUAACAUCACUACUAUGUUGUAAAAAACGCCUGUGGAUUGGAACUUCAGCUGGUAUCAUCAUCAAUACGGCCAUUUCAAAUACAAGAACAUUGAACUGGACACCAUCCUUUAAUGUUUGUCAGGCGGGACACAUUGGAUCUUGUCGCUUUUUAACAGCUGUUUCGGCGUCAGCAGCACCAUCAUUUGAUCUGCGCCGUCGACGUAUGUCACUUAGUGCCCCAACUUUGCAGCAACUGGAACAAAUGUUCGUGAUCAGCGGUGGCGAAGGAUUCGACAGUUGCGCUCUAGAAGUUGAUGGUGAGAAGCGGGAAACUGAAGAUUCUAUUAACCACUUAUUGUUUUGGUCGGCUUAA